CUAACCGAGAAAAAAAAAAAAAAAGCAAGGUAGGAAGGAAGGGGAAAGAGAGAAAACAAAAUGGUGGUAGUUCUAGAGAGGAUCAACAUGGCCAUUGCCUCCAGCAUUGGUCUGGUGGCUGAGGCCAUCCACCGUCACAAGACACCAGAAAGACCUAUUGAGAGUGAAAACGACAUUGCGCGCUACCCUGUGGAAGACGAACAGUGGGCGCUCGAUGAGCUCCAGGACGAGCUGUGUCAGGAGGAGCCCUCUGACAGCGAGGACCAACCGAAAAAAAAAAUCCGCAAUCCCGCCAAGCUGGCGGAUGAUUUCCUCAAGCGAUAUCCGCCUCCUCCCUCGGGCAGCGCGCCCGCGGGUCGACUCCCGUUGCCCGUCAUCAUCCCCCAGCGUCGGCCCGGAGUGCGUGUCCGGGGCUUCGUGAGAGCCUAUGCACCAGACCUCCAGGCCUGUGGCAUCGACCAGGAUACCUUCAUGGACUUCCUGGUGACCAUGACACGCGCCGGCCGGGCACCGCAGUGGAUGGGUGCCGCCAAUCUGACGGCCGCCGCGGCCUUUGCCUUGCCGGGACACGCCAUUGGGUGCGGAGUGGGAUUCGCCAUCCAGGUGGUCAACGCCAUCGCCAUGGAGAUGAGAGGCCGUGUACAGGCUAAUGGCUUCCUGCAGAAGCUCAACCAGGGCUUCUUCCAGCCGCGUGGGCUUUACUGCCUGGUGCUCUCCUUCGACAACACCCACGAGGAGGCCAUGACUGACGAGUCGUUGGCCACGGCAAUUGCUACAACCACAGACCCGAAGACGGGCGUGCGCAAGUACACAGACAAGCUGCGGUCCCACAGCGGCACCACCGGACCCUCUGAGUUCCCAGAAUCCGCUCCGCUGGUCUUUCCCGUCCUGGACUGGCUGGAAACCAACGCCAACGCCGAGCAGGCGGAGAAGCUAGGGAGGUAUAAGAAGUUCCGCAAGUUUGUUGCGGAUUACUACGACCGACGGGCGCAGGCGGAAUACGCGGCGAGGAACCCAACGAGCCCACUAGCAGCGCCUCCGAGGCGUGGGUUUACGUCCAAGCUCGCUGACCCCAACGAUGACACUAACAAGUCCCCGAUAUCACUGGCGACGGGGGGUUUGGUUCCCUACAACACCACCUGGCGAGAGACCCGGAACAGCGAGGGACGUCGACCGCCGCGUAAGAUUGCUGAUAAAGUGUUGUAUAUGAUCAUCGUCAAUAUGCCCUCAGACGACGAUAUGAGCCGUGCGGAGAGUAUCAUGGCCACAGAGGCCACCACCGAACCAUCUGUCCAGUCCGACGAUGCUGAGGCUGCAAAGGGAUGAGUGGCCUGCCAUGGAAGGGGGUUGUGGGGGAGUACCAGAUUAUUCAGUAGACCAUUUAGGAACGUUCCAGUGUACCUAGAUAUGUCAGAAAUUAAUUUGGCCAACAGGGAAGCCCAGUUACUCCGGCGAUAUAGCCUAAGCGAGUAUACAAG